AUGGUAGUCGUUAAGCACUUGCCCCCGAUUCAGCCAUAUCCAGUCCAGCAUGAUGCGCCUGUUCAUAUAGCACCAAGCGAUAAUGGAUUAGGAUCGGAUCAGGCGAAGAGACGUCAGGGCGGCUCGCGCAAAGGACUGGUUAUAAGGACUAGCAAACAUUGGGUUUUACCACCUAGACCAAAGCCCGGCAGAAAACCAAGCGAAAGAAGACGGACAGCUCCUUCUGCAACAGCAGGUGCUACCGCACCAGCUGCGACGACACCGGCACCGGUGACAAUUCCAGCACCAGCAUCCGCAACAUCAACAUUGGCAUCAGCGCCAACAGUUCCUACUUCGGUUCCUGUUUCUGCUUCCACCUCGAGUCCAUCUGCCGCUGUACCCCCAAGUACGCCCGUCUCUCCCGGCACGUCCUCGAUCAAAAAAGAUUUAUCUAAGCUCCCGAUCAAAAACAUCAAUCAAUCUUCCAAGGCGCAUCCAUCUGCAAACACCGCAUCGGCAUCGGUUUCUGAAUCCGGUUGUAACAAUAAUAAUAGAGAUUACACGAACACUGAUGAUCAGUCUGCUAACUCUCUAACUCCCUGUGUUUCGCCUUCACCACCAAAGCGCACAAAGACUUCACUAAAACGUGAAAUUCAACAUAUAAAAUCUGAAAAUACGAAGCUCAAGCAGGAACUAGGGCUUUUAGUUGGGAACCUUCAAGAUUUGAAGCAAAAAUGUAGGCGCGUGGAAGCACAUGAGGAUAGCCGCAAUAAUGAUGAGAAUGUCCACUGCAACCGUAAAAGACCCCUUGAUGAAUCACUGGCUUUUCUCAAGUUUGAAGAAGACGAGGAAACGCUUCCUCCCUUGUUAUCUUCGAAUAAAAUGAAAACUUCGUCAUCUGUAUCAUCAAGGACAAACUUAACAGAUGACGAAGAUCUACUAACGGCCUCUUCCUCGACACCAAAUUCACUUUUCUCCCUUGAUCUUCAGCACUCCCAUUCGUCUUCGUCAUCGUGCUCCAGAUCUCAUUCCAAAUCUUCUCCAUCGAAUGAAAAAUCCCAAUUACGAUUUUUGGAUACUUUCGAGCAAUCAGAGUUUAAUGACAAGCAUGCAGAAAAAUCUAUGACGGCACCGGCAAUAACUGCAACAACGUCAGCUAAUCCACCAACUAUGGCACCAUCAGUUGAGCUGCCAUUAAGUUCAAUCAAAGAGGAAGAAAGUGACCAAUUCCCUUGGAUCGACCCUGCAAAGGAAGAAGCAUCAAUUCUCGAUUUUUUACAAACACAACAAGAAAUAUACACGGAUCCCAUAAAUGACAAAGAUUUUUUCGAUAAUAGUAUUACUAAUAACAACGGUAACGAUAUUAAUGACAAAAAUGAUGAAGCUAAUGGUGAUGAUAACUACAAUAAUGAUGUUACUAACCACAACAACAAUACGGAGAAUGAUGAUCUUUUCCAAAACUUGUCGCUGGCGGCACCUCCAACGGCCACUACUACUACAACUGCAUGCUACGUACCCCCAUCACUUGAAGAAUUAAUGGAAGAGCAAGACGGUGGGUUUGUCAAUAACUCUAAUGCAAAUACAACUUUAACGAAUGUUAAUGAUUACGAUGACGAUUUUGACAUGCUAAGAACUCAAGUUUUUGACAUGGCCUAA